AUGGCGUCAGCCGUCUUCUUUCUGGACCUCAAGGGCAAGACCCUGUUGGCCCGCAACUAUAGGGGAGACAUUCCUAUGUCGGCGGUCGAAAAGUUCCCCGUACUCCUUAGCGAAGCUGAAGAGGAAUCGUCCGCAGUUCCGCCUUGUUUUUCCCACGAGGGCAUCAACUACCUCUAUAUCCGACACAACAAUCUUUAUCUACUCGCGCUCACGAAACGAAACACCAAUGCUGCCGAAAUUCUUCUCUUUCUCCACAAGAUUGUGGAGGUAUUUACGGAAUAUUUCAAGGCCCUGGAAGAGGAGUCAAUUCGCGACAACUUUGUUAUCAUCUACGAACUCCUCGACGAAAUGAUGGACUUUGGAUACCCCCAGACAACCGAGUCAAAGAUCCUCCAAGAGUACAUCACGCAAGAGUCGCACAAACUCGAGAUACAAGCCCGGCCGCCUAUCGCCGUUACGAACGCUGUUUCAUGGCGUUCUGAGGGUAUCCGUUACCGGAAGAACGAAGUCUUUCUUGAUGUUGUCGAAUCCCUUAACCUUCUGGUGUCUGCCAACGGCAAUGUACUCCGUUCUGAAAUUUUGGGGGCCAUCAAGAUGAAAUGCUAUUUGUCGGGCAUGCCUGAGUUGCGGUUGGGGCUUAAUGACAAGGUCAUGUUCGAGACCACGGGGCGGACAACGCGCGGCAAAGCGAUCGAGAUGGAGGACGUCAAGUUCCACCAGUGUGUGCGGCUCUCGCGGUUCGAGAACGACCGCACCAUCAGCUUCAUCCCGCCUGAUGGAGAGUUCGAGCUCAUGUCAUACCGCCUCAACACCCAGGUCAAGCCUCUCAUCUGGGUGGAAUGUGUCGUCGAGUCGCAUAGCGGGUCCCGUAUCGAGUACAUGCUCAAAGCAAGGGCCCAGUUCAAGCGCCGCAGCACGGCCAACAAUGUCGAAAUAAUAGUACCUGUCCCCGAUGACGCCGAUACCCCACGCUUCCGCACAAACGUCGGUUCGGUGCACUACGCCCCCGAGCAAAGUGCCAUCGUAUGGAAGAUUAAACAGUUUGGUGGUGGCAAGGAGUUUCUCAUGCGUGCCGAGUUGGGCCUUCCCAGUGUCCGGGGUGACGAUGAGCAUGGUGGUGGCAUGACUGGCGGGUUCGGUGGGAGCAUGGGCGGUGUUGGGGCUCCUGGAAAGGGAGCGAAGCGCCCAAUUCAGGUCAAGUUUGAGAUUCCUUACUUCACGACGAGUGGAAUUCAGGUCCGGUAUUUGAAGAUCACGGAACCAAAGUUACAAUACCCCUCCUUGCCAUGGGUGCGUUACAUUACACAAUCUGGAGAUAUUGCCGUUAGGUUACCUGAUGCGGUAUAA